AUGGCGCCCACAGCGGCCGAUCCAAAAGAUCUCAAACUAAUCCUCAACCCCGCAUGUCGACGAGCCCUCAACAUCCUAAUCGGAUCCAUCACAGAACACAUGCGCAAAACAAUUACAGAUUCCUUUUCCAACUCCUCGAGCCAACCCACCUCCAAUCUCAACAACAAGAACAUUCCAGGACCCAACCUAAAUGUCUCUUCCUACCCCAAUCCUCACUGUUCUAACGCCUCCUCGCCCGCUUCCACACCAAGUGCAGAAACUGAUCAAGAAACAGCCCAACAACGCCGUCUCGAAGCCCGUCUUAAUCAAAACCUUUCGACCCCCAAGCUACAAGCUUUGGAAAAAGCAGCUUUGAGUUAUUUCGAUUCGUGGCGGGAUUCAAUCCUCACACAAUUAGGAAAAAUCUUGAAUUCCCCAGACGAUCCUUGUGCAGAUCAAAAAAAGAAAGAAUUUCUCGCUUCGAGACCACCCCCUCCUUACAGCCCCGCUUCCAACAACCACAAUGAACCCAGCAAAGAUAUCCUAGCUUUCCAAACCCUCUACCCUCCAGUACCCACCCGUCUCACUACCAUUUCCCUUCAAGAUCGCAUCCAUAUACUCUCAAGUCUUCUCAUCAUUGUCCUCUCCCUCGGAACCUACUCCGCCCAUUCCCGUGUUCUCCUCUGCCACCUCACUACUUCCCUCUCCCUCCCCCCAUCCCUCCUCACCCACGAAGAAAUACAAACCUCGCGUACCCUUCUCCUCGCCUCCAAAGCCGCCCUCAACGCCGACGCUGAAACCGCCGCUCGCGCAACCCAGAAUACGUCUUCGCGUCGCUGGAAAGUGGGACUUGCUUCGGUAGCAGGUGCCGCUUUGAUUGGUGUCACCGGCGGGCUUGCGGCUCCUGUGGUUGCGGGUGCGAUUGGGGGACUCAUGGGCUCUGUGGGCUUGGGAGGCUUAGCGUCUUUUCUGGAGGUUUUUUGUAUGAAUGGUGCGUUGGUAGGAACGUUUUUUGGGGCGUAUGGAGCAAGGAUGACAGGGGAAAUGAUGGAUAAGUAUGCGAGGGAGGUGGAGGACUUUAAGUUUCUAGAUGUGAAAGGUGAGUGGGGGGAAUUUGGGACUAAAGAGGAAGAAGAGGUGGAGAAGAGGAGGUUAAGAGUGUUGAUUGGGGUUAAUGGGUGGGUGGGAGAAGAAAGGGAUAUUAUCAGGCCGUGGAGAAAACUUGCUGCGAAGGAGGGAGAUGAGGAUAAUGGACAUGAAUGUGAAGUUUUUGCGCUGAGGUAUGAGACGAAUGCGCUGGUGGAGUUGGGGAAUAGUCUAAAGGAUACGGUUGGGAGUUAUGCGUGGUCGAUGGUUAAAAUGGAGAUUUUGAAACGGACCGUUCUGCUUACUUUAUGGGGAGCAUUGUGGCUAGUUUAUUUAUUGAAGAUGGCUACUGGGAUUGAUAAUCCUUUUGCGAGAGCUAAGAGGAGGGCGGAGAAAGCUGGAGAAGUCCUGGCUGAUGCGCUUAUUAAUCGAGCGCAGGGAGAACGUCCGGUUAUGCUGGUUGGAUACUCGUUAGGGAGUCGGGUAAUAUACUCCUGCCUCCGCUCUCUUGCCGAACGCCACGCCUUCGGUCUCAUCGACAGCGUAGUACUAAUCGGCUCUCCAAUUCCCUCAUCGACUCUUUCCCUUCUCCCUCUUCGCACCGUCAUCUCCGGUCCCCUCCUAAACAUCUACAAUCCCUCUGAUCUCCUCCUCGCCUUCCUCUACCGUUUCACCUCCCUGCAGUACGGAAUUUCCGGUCUGCAACCAAUUGAACACAUCGAACGCGUCACCAAUAUCGACGUGAGUUCAAAACUCAAUUCGCAUCUCAAAUACGAGGGGGUCAUUGAUAAAAUUUUGGGGACCCACGUAUUUCCUAGCAUGAGUGCUGUUGAAGAAGAGAAAUGGGAGAACGGAGGAGACGGAGAAGAAGGAAUUUCAAUGAUCGAUGGCGAGGGCCAAGUCAAAAAGAAUGAAAUAGAAGAAGAGCUAUUGAUUGAUUUUGGAGAGGUAGCGGAGCUGGAAGCCAAUGUUUCAUUGCCAUCUGGACAAUUAGACAACAAAAACCCCAACAUCUCUUCGUCUACUGGUAGCUUGUAUAAUAUGGAAGAUUUGUUAGGCUCGCCAGUGACCCCGACAGAAACAGUCACAGGUACAACCAAAAGUAUCUCAGGGACUCAUUUUGCCUCACAUUUAAACAGCACUAUAUCACCCAGUAUCACCACAACCACACCUACACUCGCUACCCCGAAUACCACCACUCUUUCCUCGCUAUCUUCUUCUUCUUAUUAUUCAUGCUCUGAGGACGAAGGAGGAAUCCAAAUGAUUGAUAACGAUGAUGAUUUAGGCAUGUAUAUACAAUUGACCUCUCCGGAAACCUUAUCUACCUCAUCCAUGAAUGAGGCCGGAAGGAUCGAGAAAGGUAUGACUGCGCUUGUCGUGACCGAAAGAUCUAUCGACGAUGUGAAACAUGAAUCUCCCGUAGAGCCGAAGAGCUUGGGCUCUUUGCCCAGAGGUGACAGAAAAAAGGCGGCUGAUUUCGCAUUGUAUUGA